UAAUGCAAUAGGCCUAGCCCCGGAAGUACACCAAUUUUUCUCUCUCACACAGUCACACAUUGGAACGACAGUUAUGCUUCCCAAAAUCUCGUCCUUAACAGGCCCGCACUUUCUCUCCCUUACUUCCGCGUGUAGUGUCGCCGGAUUCGGUAACGGUCAUUUUUCCCGAUCCCUCACUCUGUCCUUUCUCUCUCUAAAACUAUGCAUAAACCCCACUCUCCACUCUCUCUCAGGCGCUAGCUAGAUACACGUACACAGUUAACAUCAUUGCUCGGUCGUAAUUUUCACUUUCUCUGAUUAAAUUGAGUGCUUUUUUCGGAGGAUUAGGGUUCUUAAGAAAUGUGAAGUUAGCAAUGGUGGCUACUAUUUCUGCUAAAACACCAAACCCUAAGCUCUCAUCAGAAUUCUCGUAUAAGAAUAGUACUAGUAGAAUUGAUAGUAGUAAUGUCCGGCUAAAUCCAAAGAGACCUCCAUUGCUACCUUCGGAAGCUGAAAAUGGACCUGCUGGCCAGCUACGGCGGCCGAAAUCCAGAGAGGUUACGUCACGGUACUUAUCGUCUUCGUCCACGUCAUCAUCUUCUUCAAUUUCGACGUCGUCGUCUUCGAACUCAGGAAAUUCCAUUUCCUCGCGCCGGUCGGCUUCGCCGAUGGUGUCAAGGACUACGACAACGACGGCGAUGACUCCAACGCCGCAGAAUUACCUGCGUCGGGCGCAGUCUGCGGAGCGUCGGAGGCCGGUCACUCCAAAGCCUUCGUCGGUGGAGAUGUCCAGUGCUGCGAAGCUACUUCUGACGUCGAAGAGGAGUUUGUCUGUGUCGUUUCAAGGUGAAUCGUUUUCGAUGUCGGCAAGUAAGGCGAAGCAGGCUCCCGCUCCGGCAUCGGCUUCUGCUCAGGCGGUUAUUGGUGCGGGUAGCGCGAGGAGAGGUACACCGGAGAGGAGGAAACCGACGCCAGUGAAGGAUCGGAUGGAAAAUUCAAGUUUUAAACCUAAUGAUCAGCAGCGAUGGCCUGGGAGAUCGAAGCCUGGGAAUUCGAGUUUUUUGACUCGGAGCUUGGAUUUUGGCGCUGCUGCUGAUAAAUCCAGAUUCAAUGGAUCUUCGAAUGAUGUUAAAUCAAUGCAAAAAUCUUCAAUCGAUGCUGACAAUAGACUUAAAGCUGAAAAAAGAUUGGAGCCAGCUACGAAAGAUGUUGAGCUGGAGAAGAAAGCUGAGGUUGUUGCUAACGGGACUUCAGCUUUAUCAAAUGCUGCUACAGAUGCGGCGCCUUCAGAUAGUGAGAGUGUUUCUUCAGGGAGUACUACAGGUUUACAGGAAUGUGGGAAUUUGGCUCAAUCACGAGGAGGCCCACGUGGCAUUAUCGUGCCUGCGAGAUUUUGGCAAGAGACAAACAAUAGGCUCCGAAGAGUGCCGGAGCCUGGUUCGCCACUGUCAAAACAUAAUGGAUCAAAAAUUAAAAAUGUUUCAAAGUUAAUUGGUGCAAAAAAAUCUUUUAACGAUACCCCUGUGUCAUCUCCUCGAGUAAUUUCGGGGUAUGUAUCUCCUCUUCGAGCUGGCCCAAGGCCAUCAUCACCAAAUAGGAGUUUGAAUUCAUCUAUCAAUUCUGCAUUUAGAGGGAUGACUAGUCCAAUGAGGAUGAGAAAUGGUGUUGCAAGUAUGUUGAGUAAUGAUGUAUGUAGCACGCCGUCUAUUUUGAGUUUUGCUGCUGAUAUUAGAAGAGGGAAGGUGGGGGAGAACAGAAUCGAAGAUGCACAUGAAUUGAGGUUAUUGUAUAAUAGGCAGUUGCAGUGGCGAUUUGCAAAUGCUAGAGCAGAGGCUGCUCAAUUGGUUCGGACUGAGACAGCAGAGAGAAGUCUGUAUAAUGCCUGGGUGACUGUCUCAAAAUUGCGGUAUUCUGUCAAAUCAAAAAGAAUGGAGCUGCAACUACUGAGUCAGAAUCUGAGGCUAUUCACCAUCCUUAAUGAUCAAGUUCCAUAUCUGGACAACUGGGACAUGAUUGAGAGAGAUCAUUGCUCUGCUUUGUCAGGGGCUAUAGAAGCUUUGGAAUCUAGCACUGUGCGUCUUCCAGUUGGUGGUGGUGCCAGGGCAGACAUUCAGGAUGUUAAAAAUGCUGUUUAUUCAGCUAUUGAUGUGAUGCAAGGAAUGGCAUCCUCCAUAUGCUCUUUGCUCCCAAAGGUUGAGCAAGUCAACAAAUGGAUCUGCGAACUUGCAAGAUUGGUAGCAAAUGAGCGCAAUCUGAUUGAGCAAUCCAGAGAUCAUUUGUCAAAGUUAACAGAGAUGGAGGUGAAGGACUGUAGCCUCAGAGCACACAUUCUGCAAUUAAGACGUUUGCAUCCUGUCUUAACAACCAAAGACUAAAGCUGAUCAAACUUGACUGACGUGAAAUCCUAAAACUUCCCCAAAAGGCCAAUUUUUGCCUUGGAUAACACGAGAGGUGGUGAUUGACAGACAGUGAAACAGUUAACUUUUGGGUUGAAGAACUGAAGAAUGGGCAUUUUCUUCAAUCUUUGGAAAGUAGUAAAAAAAGAAAAAAAAAAAUUUUUGGCAUGCACUGUUGGUAGGAAAUCAUCGAAGUACGACCUAGAUUUGUAUACUGCUCAUGUUCAGUAGCUUAGUGAUAUAUAUGUAAAUAUUUCUAAUGAUGAUUCUGAUAAUCAAAGGCUUUCUCACUCAAGUUUGUAUGGAAAUGCACGUAUUCGUAUCA